AUGCAGCCUUCAAGGAUAAAAGCUUUUGUUGAAAAGGUUAUCCAGUGCCCGUUGCAGGAUAUAGCAAUUCCUCUCUCUGGUUUUCGCUGGGAAUAUGGAAAGGGAAACUUCAACCAUUGGAGGCCUCUAUUUAUACAUUUUGACACAUAUUUCAAGACUUACUUGUCUUGCAGAAAUGACCUCCUUUUGUCAGAUGAUAUUUUAGGAGACGUCAGCCCAUUCCCUAAACAGGCAGUUUUACAAAUUCUGAGAGUUAUGCAGAUUAUUCUAGAAAAUUGCCGCAACAAGACUUCUUUCGCCGCGAUAGAGCAUUUCAAGCUAUUGCUUGCUUCACCUGAUCCAGAUAUUCUCAUAGCAGCUUUAGAGGCUCUUUGUGCAUUUGUGAAAAUAAUUCCAUCGAAAUUGCACGUGAAUGGAAAGAUGGUUGGAUGUGGGUCAGUGAACAGUUGUCUUUUAUCACUUGCACAAGGCUGGGGUAGCAAAGAAGAAGGCCUGGGUUUGUAUUCCUGUGUUUCUCUACAUGAAAGGUCUGAGGGUGAUGUGUUAUGCUUGUUUCCAUCUGAGGAUCAAAAUGAUUGUGAUAAAUUGCACCAUCGCCUAGGAUCCACACUGUACUUUGAGUUGCGUGGCACUGUGUCUUCUGGGACAAGUAUAAUUCAGCUUCCCGAUCUUCACUUGCGAGAAGAGGAUGACCUGUCACUCAUGAAGUUAUGUAUUCAGAAGUAUAAUGUGCCUUUGCAGCUCAGAUUUCCAUUGUUUUCAAGAAUCAGAUAUGCUCGUGCAUUCCGUUCCUCCAAAACAUGCAGACUUUACAGCAAGAUUUCUCUUCUUGCGUUUAUUGUGCUUGUACAGUCGAGUGAUGCUCAUGAUGAACUUGUUUCAUUUUUCGCUAAUGAGCCAGAGUACACGAAUGAAUUGAUUAGAAUUGUGAAGUCUGAAGAAAUCAUAUCUGGCACCACGAGGACCCUUGCAAUGACAGCACUUGGAGCACAGUUAGCUGCAUAUGCUGCGUCUCAUGAAAGGGCACGAAUAUUGCGUGGAUCAAGCAUUAACAUUGUUAGUGGAAACCGUAUGGUUCUCCUUAAUGUCCUACAACGGGCAAUUAUAUCACUAAACAACCCUCUUGAUUUGUCAUCUGUUACCUAUGUUGAAGCCCUUCUCCAAUUUUAUUUGCUUCAUGUGAUAUCUUCUUCAAGUGCUGGAACUGUUGUUAGGGGAUCUGGGAUGGUCCCCACCUUUUUGCCACUUUUAGAAGAUUCAAAUCCUACUCACUUUCGUCUUGUUUGUAUCGCUGUGAAAACUCUACAGAAGCUCAUGGACUACAGCAACACAGCUGUCACCCUUUUCAGAGACCUGGGUGGAAUUGAGCUUUUGAUUCGUAGAUUGCAAGUUGAAGUUCGUAGAGUGAUUGAUUUCACUGGGUUGAAGGAUGAUACUGUGACCACAGAUGCAUAUUUUGAACAUGAUCAGUUGUGCACUUAUAAGAGAUUGGUCAGAGCUUUGUUGAAGGCUCUUGGUUCUGCCACUUAUGCAACUUCAAAUGCUGUGCGAUCUCAGAAUUCUUAUGAUGUCACCUUGGGCUCCACAUUGUUGAUAAUUUUCAGAAACAAGGAAAAAUUUGGAGGUGAGAUCUUCUCUGCAGCUGUCACUCUUAUGAGUGAAAUGAUUCACAAAGAUCCAACAUGUUUUAAUGCACUGUAUGACUUGGGUCUUCCUACGGCAUUCCUCUCAUCAAUUGUUGCUGGAAUACUUCCUUCUUCCAAAGCCAUUACAUGUAUUCCAAAUGGUCUUGGUGCUGUUUGCCUCAACUCUAAGGGCUUGGAGUCUGUCAGAGAAACUUCUGCUUUACGUUUCCUUGUUGAGAUCUUCACUGAUAGAAAGUAUGUGAUGGCUGUAAAUGAAUCCAUUGCUCCUUUGACAAAUGCGUUAGAAGAGCUGCUGCGGCAUGUAUCUGCUUUGAGAGGUACUGGUGUUGAUCUUAUAAUUGAGAUAAUUAAUAGAACUGCUCAGCUUGCUGAUAUCAAGUUCCAGGGGUUGAUUAGAAAAACAGAUGAAAUGGAAAUGGAUUCCGUGGUAUCUGAGGGUACGGAAAACAUAGGUGGGUGCUCAGAAAUUGGUGAAGCAGGUUGUUCUGUUGAUGGUAUCAGUGAUCAGCAGUGUAUGCAACUUUGCAUCUUUCAUGUGAUUGUACUACUUCACAGGACAAUGGAAAAUUCUGAAACCUGUCGCUUAUUUGUGGAGAAAUCUGGUAUUGAAGCUUUGCUGAAACUUCUUUUACGCCCAAGCAUUACUCAAUCGUCAGAAGGAAUGUCGAUAGCCUUAAAUAGCACUGUGGUAUUCAAGUGUUUUACGCAGCACCAUUCCACUCCUUUGGCUCGUGCUAUUUGCUCUUCGCUGCGUGAUCUUUUGAAAGAAACUCUGUCUAGGUUCAGUGUUGUCUCUGGUUCCUUUCUGCUGGAUCCUAAGUCCAGUCCAGAUCCCGUAUUAUUUUCUUCUCUAUCUCUAAUCGAGUUUGCAUUAUUUCUUGCUGCCUCGAAAGAUACUCGUUGGGUUAAUGCGUUGCUCACUGAAUUUGGUAAUGGCGAAAACGGUGUCCUAGUAGAUAUCAGUCAUAUUCAUCGUGAAGUCUUAUGGCAAAUUGCAUUGCUUGAAGAUGCCAAGGCUGGAACAGAAGAUGAAUCAACUGUUAAUGCCUCACAACAGUCUGAGUUGGGCAUGAAUGACACUGAAGACCCCAGGUCGAACUCAUUCAGGCAGUUUCUCGAUCCAUUGCUUAGAAGGAGAACUUCAGGAUGGAGCUUUGAGUCUCAAUUUUUUGACCUUAUAAAUUGGUAUCGUGAUCUUAGUCGGCCUUCAAGUCUUCAUCUUCAGCAGGUUGUUGAUCCACCAUUAAACUUGCAGGUUCAAUCAGUUCAGGAACAGCAUGGGUCUGGUUCCUCUGAUUUUUCUGAAUCCAGUUCUAGAAAGAAUGAUGACAAUCAAAGAUCAUACUAUCAAUCGUGCUGUGACAUGGUAUCGUCUUUAUCAAUUCACAUUACCCGUAUGUUUCAAGAGUUGGGGAAGGUGAUGCUGUUACCUUCUCGUCGAAGGGAGGAUACACUAAAUGUUUCGCCUUCUGCAAAAUCAGUGGCUUCUACCUUUGCUUCUAUAGUUGCCAAUCACAUGAGUUCUACAGGUCAUGUCAGUCCAUCUGGAUCUGAAGCUUCUGUGUCAACCAAGUGUCGCUAUUUUGGCAAGGUUAUUGAUUUCAUCGACAGUAUUCUUAUGGAUAAGCCAGACUCAGUUAACCUCGUCAUCUUGAAUUGUUUGUAUGGAAGAGGAGUUAUUCAUACAGUCUUGACUACAUUCGAGGCCACCAGUCAAUUGCCUUUUGCCAUCACUAGGGCUCCUGCUUCUCCAAUGGAGAUUGAUGAAGGAAGGCAAAAUCAAGUUGAAGAAGCUGAUUACUCGUGGAUAUAUGGACCUUUAGCUAGUUAUGGUAAACUUAUGGACCACUUUGUUACUUCGUCUUUUAUUCUAUCGCCAUCCAACAAGCAUCUGCUUACCCAGCCUCUAGUGCAAGGGGAUAUUUUAUUUCCUCGAGAUGCUGAAACGUUUGUCAAAAUUCUCCAGUCCAUGGUAUUGAAGGCUGUGCUUCCUGUUUGGACCCACCCUCGUUUCCCUGAAUGCAGUUACGAAUUCAUUGCAGCGGUUGUUGACAUUUUUAGACAUAAUUUCUCUGGAGUGGAAAUGAAAAAUGUUGGUGUUAAUGUGGGUCGUCUGGCUGGUCCUCCGCUGAAUGAGUCAACCAUUUCAACAAUUGUAGAGAUGGGGUUUUCAAGGUCUCGGGCAGAAGAAGCCUUAAGACAUGUGGGUUCUAAUAGUGUGGAGCUUGCUAUGGAAUGGUUAUUCUCACAUUCUGAGGAAACGCCAGAGGAUGAUGAGCUUGCUCGAGCGUUGGCAAUGUCCCUUGGGAACCCUGGUACGGAGACGAAAGAAGCUGUGACGGAUGAAAAACCUGAGCCUGUUGAAGAGGAAUUUGUGCAACUUCCUCCGGUGGAUGACUUGCUGUCGACAUGUCGGAGACUUGUGCAAAUGAAAGAGACAUUAGUUUUCCCUGUUAGGGACUUGCUUGUGAUGAUUUCCUCACAUAAUGAAGGGCAUGAAAGACCACACAUAGUUUCAUUUAUCAUCGAACAAGUAAAAAUUUGCAGUAGCACGUAUGGAAGUGAAAACCAAAACACGCUUUCUGCCUUUUUCCAUGUACUUGCUCUAAUACUUCAUGAAGAUCCAGCUUCUCGAGAAUUAGCCUCCAAAAAUGGUUUCGUUAAAGUUGCAUCAGAUCUUCUUCAAUUGUGGAGUUGUUCCAGUGAACAAGAAUCAUCUCAAGUUCCAAAGUGGGUAACUUCAGCAUUUGUUGCCAUUGAUCGCCUUGCUCAAAUGGACACUAAGUCCAAUGCUGAUGUGCUAGAAGUUAUGAUGAAGAAUGCUGGUGGCAAUCAUACUUCAAUUGUUAUUGAUGAUGAUAAGCAUAACAAAUCACCAAUGUCUUUGGGGCAGUUGAAAAUUUUGGAUUUGCAGGAGCAGAACAGACUAAUUGAAGUAGCUUGCAAUUGCAUCAGGAAACAAUUGCCUUCUGAAACAAUGCAUGCUGUUUUGCAGCUCUGUUCUACCCUCACGAGGACUCACUCAGUUGCUGUUAGCUUUCUUGAGGCUGGAGGCCUGCAUUUGAUUCUUUCCUUGCCUGCUAGGAGCUUGUUUGUUGGUUUUGACUGUGUUGUAGCUGUUAUAAUACGCCACAUCCUUGAAGAUUCUCAAACUUUACAGCAGGCCAUGGAGUCUGAGAUAAGGCAUACUUUCCUGACUUUUGCUAACCGGCAGUCUACUGGAAGGCUUACUCCACGAAAUUUUCUGUCAAAUUUAAGUGCCCUUAUUCAACGGGAUCCCAUAAUUUUUAUGCAAGCUGCCAAGUCUGUUUGUUAUGUUGAGAUGGUUGGUGAUCGACCGUAUGUUGUUUUAAUAAAAGAUCGUGAGAAGGAUAAAUGUAAGGAGAAAGAGAAGGAGAAGGAGAAAAACCAAGGUAAUGAUGGGAAGACGAGCAUUCCUAGCAGUGCUCAAGGGAAGCUUCUUGAUGUAAAUUCUAAAACCUCCAAGGUGCAUAGAAAACCUCCACAUAGUUUUGUAAAUGUGAUUGAUCUUCUACUGGAGUUAGUAUUGACCUUCUUGCCACCUGCUUCUGAAGAUAAAUCUCUUGUCAAUGAUGGCUCAUCAUCUGUUGAUAUGGAAAUUGAUGUUUCUGCCAUCAAAGGUAAGGGAAAAGCUGUUGCCUCCCUGUCUAAAUCAAAUGAAGCAAACGAUGAAGAAUUCCCUGUGUCCAUGGUGAAGGUUGUAUUUAUACUGAAGCUCUUGACCGAGAUUCUUUUCAUGUAUAGUUCCUCCAUUCAUAUUCUCGUGCGGAAGGAUUCCGAAGUUGGUGGCUACAGGGGAGUUACCCAACAUGCUGACACUCCUUGCUCAGCUGGUGGGAUCUUUCAUCAUGUUCUUUACAAGUUUCUUCCAUAUACUAAAGAUCCUAAAAAGGAUAGGAAAACGGAAGUGGAUUGGAGCUAUAAACUGGCCAGUAAAGCCAACCAUUUUUUGGUGUCUUCUUGUGUUCGCUCAACUGAGGCAAGGAAAAGAAUAUUCUCAGAGAUCACUAAUGUUUUCAACGACUUUGUUGACUCUUCUAAUGGUUUUAGGGCUCCAGGAGCUGACGUUCAGUCUCUCACUGAUUUACUCCAUGAUGUUCUGUCUGCUCGGUCACCGACUGUGACCAAGGAACAUGUUCAUGCUUUUGAGUCCAUUAAUGGAAAAGAAGAGCAAUUGAUAACACCUACUGAUCCUAGUGAGCCUGGGGUAGGAAAUGGCGGUGGUCUGCAUGCUUCUGAUGCUGCAGUUAAUGCUAAUGAAAAUUCAGUACAAAUAGAUGGGAGUGAGGCGUCUCACACAGUGCAGAACUAUGGUGGACCUGAGACAGUCAAUGAUGAUAUGGAACACGACCAGGAUACGGGCUUUUUAGCUGCUGUAGAUGAUUACAUGCAGGAGAACACUGAGGGGAUACAAAAUCUUCAAAGUGGCCUUGACACUGUUGGGAUUAGAUUUGAAAUUCGACCUAAUUUAAGAGGGGAUCUUGAUGAAGAUGAAGAUGAUGAUGAUGAGAUAUCUGGUGAUGAAGAGGAUGGAGUUAAUGAUGAUGAAGAUGAGGAUGCUGAUGAUGAGCAGAAUAAUAUUGAACACGAUGAAGCCCAUCUUCUCCCACAUACCGACACUGACCAAGAUGACCAUGACAUUGAUGAAGAUGAAUUUGAUGAGGAUGUGAUGGAAGAGGAUGAAGAUGAAGAGGACGAUGAGGAUGGGGUUAUUUUGCAACUAGGUGAUGGAAUGAAUGGUGUAAAUGUAUUUGAUCAUAUAGAGGUUUUUGGCAGAGAUAGCAUUUCCAGUGGAACGUUUCAAGUCAUGCCUGUUGAAAUAUUUGGCUCCAGACGGCAGGGGCGAACCACAUCCAUAUACAAUUUCUUAGGGAGAAGUGGUGAUAGAGCUGGCCCUUCCCAACAUCCACUUCUAGUGGAACCACAUCCUUCACUGAAUACAUUUCUUCCUAGACCAUCAGAGAAUAACCAUGAUGCGCGCUCCAACUCAGAAGCACUGUCACAGUUAAACUCCGUUUUCAGAUCACUUCGACAUGGCCGGCAAGGACAUAGAUUUGAUUUGUUGGCCAAUGAAGACCAGCUAAGCAAUGGAUCAAACUCAUCUGGUGUCCCUCAAGGGCUUGAGGAAGUACUUGUUUCCAGCUUGAGGCGUCCCUCUACGGAGAAACCCUCCAACAAUACUGCAGCUGUUGAAUCUCAAAACAGAGUUGAACUUGGUCUGUCUGCUGAAUCUGCUGAGACAACGGCUGGAAAUCAAGAAAGUGUCGGAGGCAUAACUGAACAUCCUCCUUCAGCAGUGUUGGAGAGUGCCGGAGUUGGUAAUGUUUCAACUGCACAUGAAACUCAGGGUAUGGAAUCUUCAAAUCAAACACCUCAGUCUGUUGAUAUUCAGUACGACCAUGCUGAUGUCAUGCGUGAUGUUGAAGCAGUGAGUCAGGAGAGUAGUGGAAGUGGGGCCACUUUAGGUGAAAGCUUACGAAGUCUGGAUGUUGAAAUUGGAAGUGCUGAUGGUCAUGAUGAUGGUGGAGAUAGACAAGCAGGUAGUGAUGCCCGAAUAAGGAGAAUUAAUCCUGCUUUUGGUAAUAACACAUCUCUGAGCGGGAGAGAUGCACCACUCCAUAGCGUCACAGAAGUUUCAGAAGACCCAAUCCCAGAGGCAGAACAAACCGCACCCCCUAAUGAAGAGCAAAAUAAUCAUGAUGCUGAACCUAUCGAUCCUGCUUUUCUUGACGCACUUCCUGAGGAGUUGCGUGCUGAGGUUCUCUCUGCCCAACCUAGUGAAACUUCAAAUCCGCAAAAUCCCGAACCCCAAAAUAAUGGGGAUAUAGACCCUGAAUUUCUUGCAGCACUUCCCCCUGAUAUCCGUGAAGAGGUUUUGGCACAACAAAGGGCUCAAAGGCUGCAGCAGUCCCAUGAACUGGAAGGUCAACCUGUUGAAAUGGACACUGUCUCAAUCAUUGCGACGUUUCCUUCAGACAUAAGAGAAGAGGUUCUUUUAACUUCCUCUGAUGCUAUUCUUGCAAAUUUAACCCCGGCCCUUGUUGCUGAAGCAAACAUGUUGCGCGAAAGGUUUGCACGUAGGUACAAUCAAACUCUAUUUGGUAUAUAUCCGCGAAACCGCAGGGGUGAGUCUUCUAGGCGAGGUGUGGAUAGAGUUGGUGGUGGUCUUUCUCGUCGAUCUACUGCUGUUACGCCAGUCGAGGCUGAUGGAUUGCCUUUGGUCGACACAGAAGGUCUGGAAUCACUGAUUCGGUUGCUUCGUGUUGUUCAGCCACUUUAUAGAAGUCAACAGAGACUACUUCUUAACCUCUGUGCUCACGCUGAAACCCGAGUUGAUUUGUUAAAAAUUUUGAUGGACUUAUUACUGUCGAAUAAGCGAAGAUUUCCCAGUGAUCUGAAUGCUACAGAACCUCCUUACAGGCUGUACGCUUGCAAGCAUGUGAUGUAUUCUCGUCCUCAGCAUGUUGAUGGUGUUCCCCCUUUGGUGUCUCGUCGAGCUCUAGAGACUCUCACCUAUUUGUCCGGUAACCAUCCUUUGGUUGCAAAACUGUUACUUGAGCUCAGAUUGCCACAAGUGAAUUUUAAGGAGUCCCCGAGCUCAGAUGAAAAAGGGAAAAAAGCUAUGUUGCUUUCCGAUGAAGACAUGUCAGAAAAAUACACAGAAAGGCAGUCAUCUCUGUCAUUGCUUCUAAGCCUCUUCAACCGACCACUUUAUUUAAGAAGCAUAACUCAUCUAGAGCAGCUGCUAAAUUUGUUGGAUGUCAUCCUUGAUAAUGCCGAGAAGAAAUCAAAUUCAUCUCAUGACCCUGGGUCAUCUGCAUCUGAACAGCCAUCUAAUCCUCAAGAUUCCACAUCAGUUGUUUCUGCAACAUCAGGGGAAGGUAACUCUUCCUUGAAAGCAUUGUCUUCUGAUGAAGAUAAAGAGCAGAAUGCUAAAGACCUCAACAACUUGCCGAAGUUGGAGCUUCAACGUCUUUGCUCACUUCUUGCAUCCGAAGGUCUCUCAGAUAAUGCCUACACCCUUGUUGCGGAGGUAUUAAGAAAGCUGGUGACGAUUGCUCCUAUUCAUUGUAAUCACUUUGUUACUGAGCUGGCUGGUUCAGUUCGAAGCCUCACCAAGUCUGCUAUAGAAGAGUUACAAGUCUUUGGCGACAUAGAGAAAGCUCUCCUUUUUACUACUACUCAUGGGGCUCCAGUUCUCAGGGUCCUGCAAGCAUUGAGCUCUUUAGUUGUUGUACUUCUCAGUAAGGACAAGAAACAUCAGAACCUCCCUGAUACGGAGUACACUGCUGCUGUUACGGUGGUUUGGGAUAUUAAUGCAGCUCUUGAGCCAUUGUGGCAGGAACUGAGCAACUGCAUAAGCAAAAUAGAGACUUACUCAGAUAUGGUAUCCGAUCGUUCAGCUUCAUCUGUCAAACCAUCUAUCAGUUCAGUGCCCUCACUUCCUGCAGGAACUCAGAAUGUUUUGCCAUACAUAGAGUCAUUCUUUGUGACUUGUGAGAAGUUGAACCCUGGUCAGUCGAGUUCAGGCACUGAUUUUGGUGCUACUUCUGUUUCUGAUGUUGUCGAGGGUAUUGCAUCUUCUAGUCAAGUCAAACCUUCAGGAUCAUCUUUGAAAGUGGAUGAGAAACAUGUUGCUUUCUUAAGGUUCUCAGAGAAGCACAGAAAGCUUCUCAAUGCUUUUGUGAGGCAAAAUCCAGGAUUGCUUGAGAAGUCCUUUUCACUUAUGCUCAAGGUUCCUCGCUUUAUUGAUUUUGAUAAUAAACGUUCCCACUUUAGAUCCAAGAUAAAGAAUCUGCAUGAUACUCAACACAGUCCUUUGAGAAUUUCUGUGAGAAGAGCUUACAUCCUUGAAGAUUCGUAUAAUCAGCUGCGUUUGAGGCCUGCACAAGAUUUGAAGGGUAGAUUGACUGUUCAUUUUCAAGGGGAGGAAGGAAUUGACGCUGGUGGUCUUACUAGGGAGUGGUAUCAGUUGCUCUCUAGGGUGAUCUUCGACAAGGGGGCACUACUAUUCACAACCGUCGGGAAUGAAUCAACAUUUCAGCCAAACCCCAAUUCUGUUUACCAAACCGAGCAUCUCUCGUACUUCAAAUUUGUUGGGCGAGUUGUUGGGAAGGCACUAUUUGAUGGGCAGCUCCUUGACGUACACUUCACUCGCUCCUUUUACAAACAUAUUCUUGGGGUUAAAGUUACAUAUCAUGAUAUUGAAGCUAUUGAUCCAGAUUAUUUCAAGAAUUUGAAAUGGUUGCUUGAGAAUGAUAUAAGUGAUGUCCUGGACUUGACCUUCAGCAUUGACGCCGACGAAGAAAAGCUGAUUCUUUAUGAACGUACUCAAGUAACUGACUAUGAACUAAUCCCUGGAGGUCGAAAUAUUAGAGUAACUGAGGCUAACAAGCACCAGUACGUUGAUUUAGUUGCUGAACAUCGGUUGACAACUGCCAUUCGUCCUCAGAUAAAUGCAUUUAUGGAGGGUUUUAAUGAACUAAUCUCUCGUGAUUUGAUAUCUAUAUUCAAUGACAAGGAAUUGGAACUCCUGAUAAGUGGGCUGCCUGACAUCGACUUGGAUGAUCUGAGGGCAAAUACAGAGUACUCAGGGUACAGCACCGCUUCUCCAGCUAUUCAAUGGUUCUGGGAGAUUGUUCAAGGAUUCAGCAAAGAGGAUAAAGCUCGCCUGCUGCAAUUUGUGACUGGAACAUCAAAGGUGCCUUUAGAAGGAUUUGGUGCACUUCAAGGAAUUUCAGGAUCACAAAAAUUCCAGAUUCACAAGGCAUAUGGCAGUCCCGAUCAUUUGCCUUCUGCUCACACAUGUUUCAAUCAGUUGGAUCUUCCGGAUUAUCCUUCCAAGGAGCGGUUGGAGGAGAGACUGUUGCUUGCUAUCCAUGAAGGCAAUGAGGGGUUUGGAUUCGGUUAA